AUGAACUUAGAUCAUGUUUCAAUCGGUGCACAAGUCACAGGUGUCAUUCUGGCAGGUGGACAAGCACGCAGAAUGGGGGGUAUCGACAAGGGCCUCGUUCAGCUUGCCGGGAGUCCGAUGUGCAGAAUUGUCAUUGACUUGUUAUCGCCGCAGGUAUCCGAAGUACUGAUCAAUGCCAACCGAAAUCUGGAAAGUUACGGUAGAUUCGGCGUACCUGUCAUUGAGGACGAUAUCAAAGGAUUUUUAGGCCCGCUCGCAGGUCUUGUCAGUGCGAUGAAAGUGGCAAAAACACCUUGGGUUAUCACAGUACCUUGUGAUGGACCGUUUUUGAAUCGAGAUUAUGUUGACCGAAUGAUGGCUCAGGCUGACAGCAGUAUUGAUAUCGUCGUCGCCAAAGAUGCGGAACGUCUGCAACCGACGUUCAUGUUGGCGAAAACUGAACUGUACAGUGAUUUGCUGUCUUUUCUCAAUGCUGGCGAGAGGAAGAUUGACAAAUGGUUUGUCAAUCAUCAAUAUGCAACUGCCGAUUUCUCUGAUUCGCCGGAUUGUUUCUUGAAUAUCAACACGUCGGAAGAUUGUGAACGUGCAGAAAGUCUAAUGGCUGAAAAAUGUAAGGAAGGACUGCCGAUUAUUGGAUUUGCGGCUUAUAGCGGAACCGGUAAAACAACCUUGGUCAGCAGAGUCAUUCCAAUUUUGCGCGAGCGUGGGUUGAGAAUUGGAGUCAUCAAACAUGCACACCACAGUUUCGUGAUUGACAGGCCGGGCAAGGACAGUUAUGAACUACGCAGUGCUGGAGCGCAACAGGUUCUGAUUGCGUCCAAGCAGAGAAUUGCGUGGGUGAUGGAGAAAGAAGACCACAGCGAGCCGGUUCUACGAGAAAUGCUGGCUCAGUUUUCGCAUCAAAAUCUGGACCUUGUCAUUGUCGAGGGCUUCAAGCAUGAACCGUUUACGAAAAUUGAAGUGUAUCGCUCUUCACUCAAGCAUGCACUGCUUGCCACAAAUGAUGCACAUGUCAUUGCAGUGGCGACAGAUAGGCCGGAACUUAUUGAUUUGGACGUUGUGGCUCUAAACCUCAGUGAUUAUGAAGCAAUCUCACAGUUCAUCAUUGACCGGAUGCAUAGCGGCUCGCUUACAACUCUACCAGUAACGUAA